AGAAGAACAGAGAAACUGGCAACUUCAAUAAAACCAAUCUUUCUAUAUCUGGUAAGUUAAGCUUGAAAAAAAAUCAAUGGAGGUUUCUUGGCUAUUGUUAGCACUCUCCAUAUUUCCCCUCUUCAUAUUAUUCAAACUUUUCAAAAAACCACCUCCAACAAAUUUACCACCAGGACCUCCAAAAUUACCCUUGAUCGGAAACCUCCACCAGCUAGCAAGGGGUAACACCCUCCCACACCGUCGCCUGGCCGAGCUAGCGGCGGUGCACGGACCCAUCAUGCACCUCAAACUCGGGGAAGUCUCUACCGUUAUUAUAUCAUCGGCGGAGAUGGCAAAGGAGGUGAUGAAAACUCACGACGCGGUGUUUUGUAGUAGGCCGACUAUUAUGGUUGGGAAGGAGAUCUUUUACGAUUCUUCUGAUAUUGGACUUGCUCCGUACGGUGAGUAUUGGCGGCAGGUGAGGAAGAUAUCGGUGCUUGAGCUUUUUACGGCGAAGCGGGUGCAAUCUUUCCGGCCGAUUAGGGAGGAGGAGGUGGCGGAGUUAAGGGCGUCGUUAAGGUUGGAGGCGGGGUCUGUUGUUAAUCUUAGCAAGAAACUCUUUGGCCUUACUUUCAAGAUUUCGUCUAGGUUAGCCUUCAGUAAGAGAGGCAAAGACCAAGAAGAAUUUCAAGCCCUAAUUACAGCUAUUACAGAGGCUGCCUCUGGUUUCUCCAUUGCAGACGUCUACCCGUCGGUCGAGUGGCUUCAUUCAAUAAGUGGGACGAAGAAGAAAUUCAAGGAGCUUGUUUGCGAAUCCAAUAGAAUACUUGAUCCUAUUAUUGAUGAACACAAGUCUAAGAAUAGCGAUCAAGAUCAUCAAGUAGAGGAAGACUUGGUGGAUGUUCUUCUCAAGUUUCAUAAAGAUAAUGUCAAAUCCCCUCAAGAUUUUUGCUUGAGUACUGACAACAUUAAGGCAGUUGUAUUGGAGCUUUUUGGUGCUGGAAGCGAUACCUCUUCAACGGCAAUGGAAUGGGCAAUAUCUGAAUUGCUAAAGAAUCCAAAAGAAAUGGAGAAGGCACAAGCUGAGGUACGACGAGUAUAUCAAGGGGAAGCAAUAGUUGAUGAGACAAAGCUACACGAGCUCAAGUACUUGAAACAAGUGAUCAAAGAAACCUUAAGACUUCAUCCUUCACUUCCUCUCUUGGUUCCUAGAGAAUCCGUCGAGAGAUGUCAAAUCCAAUCUCAUGAGAUACCUUCCAAAACUCGAGUAGUUAUCAACGCAUGGGGUAUAGCAAGAGAUCCUGAAUUUUGGCCGGAGCCUGAGAGAUUCAAUCCCGAACGAUUUGAUGAGUGUUCAAUAGAUCACAAAGGAACUAAUUUCGAGCUAAUUCCAUUCGGUGCAGGGAGAAGAAUGUGUCCCGGCAUGACACUUGGUUUAGCGAAUGUUGAGCUUCCAUUAGCCAUGCUACUCUGCCAUUUUGAUUGGAAAUUACCUCCUGGUGUUGAAAGUCCUGAAUAUCUAGAUAUGGAUGAAUCCUUUGGCAUAGCAGUGAGGAGGAAAAAUGAGUUGCAUGUAAUUCCUAUUCCUUACUCUUACUAACCAUAUUUGAAAUGAGAUAUGUAUGUUUAAAUAAUAAUUAUGAAUGAAAUACUCAAAUAUGUGCAUUGCAAAAAAAAUUAUUCUUGGCCUUUUUCCUUUUUUGACA